AUGUACCCUAAAGAAAAUUUACUAUUCCUGGAUCCCUUCAUUUCUCUGAAAGUCGAAAAUUUGGCGGAAACAAGAUUCUCUCAGCAUGGUAGUCUUUACGCUGAUUUAUCUGUUUUAGAUUCAAAAAAUUUUGCAGAAAUUUUAAAGAAAACGCCCAGUGACGCUCUGCAGUACUUGGGGUUGUCCCAAAAAAUUGACGACACAGUAACAAAAGAACAGCUUCAAACUGAAGUAUUGUAUUUUGCAAUAAAUAGCAAGCAACUCUCAAAGAUAAGGAUUAAAGAAGACAAUGGCUUUCCGCUGUCCGAUGAUUUUGCUCAUGCUUAG